AUGGGUCCAUCUCGACACAGUUCCUCGAAUGAAGUUUUUCUGAACGAAACUGCUAAUGAACAACCACUACCACCAUCACAACAAAUGUUGUCACCUCAAGAAUCAUUACUACCAACAGUGCCUCUGUCAUCACGUUUAUCACGAAAAUCAUCAAUAUCGGCUAUAUUUGAUGAUCGUCGUCGUGAUGAUGUUUUAUUGAAGCAGACACGAUCAAGUAUACGUCGUCUAUGGUCGAAAUAUGAUGUGCCCUACGUUAUAGGAGAAGAUAUUCGUGAUACUAAACGCACCAUAUGUGAAACAGCAUUGAUUCUUGGUUCAUGGUGUCUUAUUAUACUUUUGUUUCCAUUUUCACUCUUUCUCACUCUGAAGAUUAUUCAAGAAUAUGAACGUGCAGUCAUAUUUCGUUUAGGUCGUCUAACAAGUAAUUCCGUACGUGGUCCUGGUAUGUGUUUUAUAUUACCAUGUAUUGAUACCAUUCAUCUUGUCGAUAUGCGUACGGUUUCGUUUGACGUACCACCACAGGAAGUCCUAACACGUGAUAGUGUUACAGUUGCAGUUGACGCAGUCGUCUAUUACCGUGUGUUCAAUCCAACAGUAUCAGUUGCUAAUGUUGAAUAUGCACAAGAAUCAACACGUCUUCUUGCACAAACAUCAUUACGAAAUGUCCUUGGCACGCGGUUAUUGUCGGAAUUACUUUGUGAUCGUGGUGCCGUUUCCAGAGCGAUGCGUAUAUGCUUGGAUGAAGCCACAGCGAAUUGGGGUAUUAAAGUUGAACGGGUAGAAAUCAAAGAUGUACGUCUACCAAAAAUGUUACAACGUAUUAUGGCCGCAGAGGCGGAAGCAGCACGAGAAGCGCGGGCCAAAAUUAUUGUUAGUGAAGGUGAAUUUAAAGCAUCACGAGCGUUAAAAGAAGCAGCCGAUAUUCUUUCUCAAUCUCCUUGUGCAAUGCAAUUACGUUAUCUUCAAACCUUGAAUGGUAUUGCGACUGAACAAAACUCAACGAUUGUUUUUCCUUUACCAAUUGACAUAUUUUCAUUUUUUCAAAAAUGCUCUCUUGAUCCAAACGCAUUUCUACCUAAACCGACAACCACAUCGCUCAGACCAGCUAAUCAUCAUUCAGUGAUGGUUACAGAAACACUUGCUUCACCCCAAGCAGCAACGAGUAUUUAA